GUCGUGUCGAGGAUGCACACAAGCUUUAGAAACCUGGCCUGAUGGAAAAGAGAGAAAGGAAGCCGGGAUAUUUUGCCAGGCUGAAAAGGCGGAAACAGCUUAAGCAGAGCCAAUCAGAGAAGAGUGUGAAUGAGCAGAAUCCAGCUAAUUCGCUUCUGAAGUCGUCCAUCAUUUCCUGCUCAGACAUCCCAAAUGCCACUGACCCCAGGGACAAGACCCCAAAGGCAGACCUGCAGAGAAUAACAGAAAAGCCAACUGCAGGCUUAGACAAUGACUGCAAAAGUAACCAUCAAGUUAGGAGGGAGAAGAGGAGGCCUCCGGGGACAGUGGAGUUCACAGUUGGACCCAGUGAUACCCUGAACAGCAUUGCACUUGGAUUCAACAUCACCCCAAACAAACUGGUCCAGCUGAAUAAGCUGUUUGCUCGCAGUGUUUACCCUGGUCAGAAGCUCUUCGUCCCUGAUGUGAGUCAUUCAGAGUCGGGCUCAAAGUCCCACAGUUCCUGCGAUUAUGCCUCCAAAAAUGGCCCGUCAGAAAAGGAGUCACUUGAUGUUCUCUCGAACAGCAGAUCGGCAAAGCCCAUCCAGCGUGAGCUUUCUCCAGCCUCAGAGGAUGAUAGCCCAGCGACGGUUAAGUUCAUUAAGAUGAGCUGCAAAUACUUCACUGAUGGCAUGGGUGUGGUGGGUGGUGUGAUGAUUGUGACACCCAACAACAUCAUGUUUGACCCCCACAAGUCCGACCCCUUGGUGAUCGAGCACGGCUGUGAAGAGUACGGCCUCAUUUGCCCCAUGGAAGAGGUAGUCUCCAUUGCGCUCUAUGACGACGUAUCACGCAUGAAGCUGAAGGACGCCCUGCCAUCAGACCUACCCCAGGAUCUCUGUCCUGUGUACAGGCCCGGGGAGUGGGAGCAGCUGCCCUCAGAACAUGACCUCAACCCCUUCAGUCGCUACGAGGCGCUGGAUCCUAAACGGCCUAUUGUCCUCGAUGACAUAGACUCUGCCCUCUCAGAUACGGGGAGUGCAGGUGAGCAGACUGAGAAGUCUCCCUCUGAUGAAGGCUUCACGGAGCUGGAGCCCAGUGUCAGUGGGAGCACUGAGGAACCGGAGGGGAUGUCAUCCAAAUUGCACAGCGCCAACAGCGGGGAUCAGCAGGAGCUUUUAGGACCCAGUCACCUCAGCCAGGGAGACUCCCAGGACAAAUACCCUUCUAAUCCAGUGCAGUUGUUACAUCAAACAAAAAGGAAGCUGGAUGAGGAGGAGGAUGAGGGUGUGGCUCAGAUCAGCUCCACUGAAGAUGGAGAGUCACUACAAUCUUCAUUAGAGACUGAAAAACCAGGUGACGCACACGAUAAACCUACAAGCCUGGAGGUUAAUGAAACCAAAGAUGUGAAAUCUAAGGGGACCGAUGAGUUGGUGAACGAUAUACGCAAACUCACUGGCGACACACCAGCGGACCAAAACAGGAAGUUUAGUCUGAAAGAGCCUCCAGAGGUUGAUGGCAAAUCUAGUCUUCAGGUAUCGUGUCUUGCAGCUGAACAACAGAGUGGUCCAACCAAGGAUGACGAACUGAGUGAGGAGGAAAGGCGGAAGAAAAACUACGAGACAGAGGUUAAAUCCUGGCUGUUGCAGAGGAUGCAGGCACCCAUAGAAGACAUGCUUCUGUCUUCGGAGGAAAAAAGUAAGAAUCCUCCCAUGUUCCUGUGCUUUAAAGUAGGAAAGCCAAUGAGGAAGUCCUUUGCUGCUGGAAGGACCUCCAGCCCCGUUCACUCAUAUGGGGGCCGGGGAAAGCAGCCAGAGUACUGGUUCGCUGUGCCACAGGAAAGGGUGGAUCACCUGUAUGCAUUCUUUGUCCAGUGGUCCCCAGAAGUGUAUGGGAAGGAUGCUCGAGAGCAGGGCUUUGUGGUGGUGGAGAAAGAUGAGCUGGACAUGAUAGAUAACUUCUUCAGUGACCCUGCGUCUUGCAGCUGGGAGAUCAUCACCAUUGAUGAGGCCAAGCGUAGGCAGAGUUUUGGCAGUUAUGAGGGAGAAUUGUGUGUGGAGACACUGCCUAUACUCAGUGAUGCCAGUGAUCUGCUGCAAGACACACAGAUUGAGAAGCUGGCCUGCCGCUUGCCGGCCCGUGUGCAGGGCUACCCCUGGAAACUGGCCUACAGCACUGUGAAACAUGGGACCAGCCUGAAGACCCUGUACAGGAAGCUGGCAGAGGUGGACAGUCCUGUGCUGUUGGUCAUCAAAGACAUGGACAACCAGGUGUUUGGGGCAUUCUCCACACAUCCUUUCAGAGUGAGUGAGCACUGCUAUGGCACAGGAGAAACGUUCCUCUAUAGCUUCUGCCCUGAGAUCAAGGUGUACCGCUGGACAGGGGAGAACUCCUACUUUGUGAAGGGGAAUACAGACUCUCUGCAGAUGGGAGGAGGAGGUGGUCAGUUGGGGCUGUGGCUGGACGCUGAGCUGUACCGGGGCACCACCAACUGCUGUGCCACCUUCAACAACCAGCCCCUCUCGACCCAGCAGGACUUCAACAUCCACAGUGUGGAGGUCUGGACCUUCGAAUAGUUCCAGUGGCUCGGACUACUUCUACUUUCACUCACCUCUCCACAAAUACAACCUUCGAAUCCCCAGUCUGUAUACACUUAUAGGAAAUUACCAAAGUUACCCAGCUAUCCGCUAAAAUUUCUGUGAGACAUGACCAAGAAAGGGAACUGUAGCUUGUCUGUUCCUGUUUUUUUUCUGUCUCGACAGGCUGAACAGUUGAACUUGCCAGAUUGAAAAAGAAAAUGCAGUCCUCUGAAUUGUUCUCAUUCGGCUGGCGUCCCCAUUCAUAGCUCAUCAUCCUUGCUGUUAUUAAAGCUAGAAAUGAACUGCUUAGUUCAUGGUUCAGAGGCAGAUGUCUAGGUGAAUGUGAUUUUACAAGGGGGUAUCCCUGUAGAUGGGCUGGCAUGUUCAUCUGGUUUGUUGCCCCCUGAGAAGGAUGGAAGUAUGAGGAAAUGUGAACUGUUCUGUUUCCUCUUGCCUCAUUGCUCGCAUUAGACAUCCCAUAAUGCCUCCAGCUAUCCCAAUAUGCAGGCUGCCUUACUGCACCAUGCUUUUUGGGGAGAAGAAAGGGAAUACGAGGGCAUGAGAAGGGCUGCUUCAGAACCUGUGGCAAUGAGGGCUUAAGAACCCGGUCUGCUGACAUUACUGUCAGUUUAAAAAAAAGACCACCUUUAAAUGUCUACAAAAAAAUAAGGUGCCCAGGCUGUAGACUCGACUGUGUAUAACUGAUUGUUUAUGUAAUGUCUGUGACUGGCAGUAUACAGUAAUGUUGACUGAGGAUAAAAGGUAUAUACGAUACCAUUUUCUGAUAUACAAUGAACUUUUAUAUAAGGAAGAGGAAUUAGAGGAGGAUUUGACGUGGUUCUUUUGAAAUUUCAAUUCUCUAGCUACUUCUGCAUAUCUUCCCAGUUAAACCUCGAACUGCAGGAAACGGAAUAAUUGUUUACAGCAAGAAGCGUCGUACUUUCCCUGAGGGCAGUCUUGUGCUCGUAUUCCAACUCGUAGGUUGACAAGAUGACAAUAUAUACUAUUGCAUGUCCUCAUUACUGUAUGUGACUUUUAAUCCCAUAACCACACGCAGUUUAAAGCAACUGGUUAGCCAGGAAGGUAGAUUUCAAAGAGGUGGUUUGCAAAAUAACCAAAUAUUUUGUUUUUUGAUUUUAUCAUUUGUUCGGCGGGUUUGAUAUUUUAUAUAAGAUUUGAGAGUUUUAUUUUUACAUGAUUUGUUUUUACAAAGAAUGUUCCACUUUUUUUUUAAAAACGCUUUUAACUUUUAUUGAUGUUUUGCUGAAUGUUCUGCUCCGUGAUUUCACUAGUGAAGAGAUUGAUGCAUCCUAAAAAGCACUAGAGGAGUCUGAAGAAACUGGUUUUAAUAUUGAAUUCUUAUCUUACCCUGAGUAAUUCUUUUUUUAUCUUCAUUAGUUCCUUUUUAUUUCAGUGUGGUCAUCGAUGUCAGAAGGCUCUAACUAAUAUUAACAGGAUGUCUUUGCACUACAGCAUUUUGGUCCAUCUCAAUAAUUCUACAUAUGAGCAUGACCUCAUUUAAUUAACUCAAUGUUUCUUCAAUGUAAAAUGUUCACUGAAUGUUAUUUGAUCACUAUUGCAUAAGGGAAUCUGUGUCUUGCACAACAAGCGGUCCUCUUAUUUUAACGAAUGGAAAAAGGGAAAUUAUGUCGAGUCUCGAUGCACUCUAAUAUCAUGCCACUAAAAGUGCAGUUGCUCUACUAACAUUGAGAAAAACUAAUGUUUAUUUAUAUCCUGUGUGUAAAUCUUGGAGCUUACACACACUUGUGCAUGGAAAUGCAAAAUGGAAAAUGUUGGACACCACUGCUAUAUCUGCCAUACUGCUCACUAAUGCCAGGUAUCGCUUCGUGUGAAAAUGAGCUCUGUCUUAGCCGGUCAGUGUUUGUAACUGUGAACGCUCCUUAAGUAUUAUUUCUUGUUGGUCUGAAACUGCCCUAUUCUGUGAUAUCACUCGAAAUAUUUAUUGUGUUGUUAUUGCUACCACAUUUAAACCCAAAUAAAUAUUAAAUACAUACAUA